AUGGUAUCGUCGCCUCCUCUUUAUCAAUCCCUAAUACCCGAUUCUGUUCAUCCACCAAUUCCCGGCGAAUCACAUCGGUUUUAUGGGAAUAGCCAUAUCAAAGAAGUGAAGUUGCCCGAGAAUGCACAUUCUGAUUUAACAAACGAACACGGCUUAGAAUCCAGUAAUCAGGAGUUAAAUAUACAUGAAGCUGCAGCAGCAGGGAAGCUACGCAAAGUACAAGAGUUAUUUGCAGACGGAGAUAAUACCAAGUCGUUUUUGUUAGCAAAUAACGCAAAAACGACCACAGGUCUUACACCUUUACAUUAUGCCGCUUCCAGGGGACAUUUUGAUGUAGUAAAAUGGCUUGUUGACUCUGCAGGUGCUAUUGUGGAUUUGGAGGAUAUCACCGGCGAAACGGCACUUCUGAAGAUGGGUAAACAAAAAGAAAUCAUUGUUAAUAUUUAA